AUGGACGUCCCGGACGAUUGGGGCAUCGUCGCAAACGAUGACGAUGAUGACGAUGGUAAGAAGAAGAGGUGGUUAACGCCCAAUACGACUGCGGCGAGAAAUCAUCUCGUCGAGGCAAAAACGACCAACGAGAAGAAGGAAAAGGGAGAAGAGCGAGAACGAGAACAAAGCGAGGGGAAGGUAAUCAGCGGACGAUUGCUCGGACGACGCCGAAGGGCGAAGGAGAAACGGAAACGGAUGGCGACGAAUAGGAAGAAUGAUGGUGGCGGCGCCUCUGCUGACGAGGAGGAGGAAAAGGAGGAGAAAGAGGAGGAAAAGAGAGAGAGGAGGACGAACGCGAAUAUGACGGAAAAGCAGAAGAAAAAAGCGGAGAAGAAUCGAGCGAGGAAGUUACGAAGAGAGUGGAAGAGGAAGAAGGAGAUGGAGGAGGAGGAGGAGGAAGAGGAGGAGAAGAAGGCGCGCGUUGAACACAAUCCGGACGAGGAGGAGAGGAACGAGAUGAAACGGUUGGCGAAGGAGUACGUGGCGGAGAAGGCGAAGAAGAAACGAGCGAAAAUCACGACGACGAAAGGAGAAGAGAAACAUGGUAAUAGGAGUAAUAGUAAUAGCGAAAGUUCGGAGAAGAACGAGGACGAGGGCGAGGAAUUCGAGAGCAAAGACGAUGUCGCGCAGCAACGACGAGAACGAGAACGAGAACGAGAACGAGAACAAGAACAACAACCGGCGGUCAAAAAACAAAAGAAACUCUCGUUGAUUGAUAAAAUGCGCGUGAAGCUGUCCGGCGGUCACUUUCGCAUGCUCAACGAACAACUCUACACGACCAAAGGCGACGAAGCUUUACAUUUAGUCCAACAAAACCCGGGCGUUUUUGACGCCUACCACGAAGGCUUUCGAGAACAAGUGAAGAAAUGGCCGAAAAAUCCAGUUCAUAAAUGUUUCGAGUGGUUGCAACACAAACCAUACGACACGAUCAUCGCCGAUUUCGGAUGCGGAGACGCCGAGUUAGCGAAACUUAUCGGUAAAUCGAAGAAGAAAGUGUACAGUUUAGAUCUAGAAACGCCUUCCCACGCGCCGUUUGUGAUUGCGUGCAACAUGGCCAAAACGCCGCUCGAAUCCAACUCCGUCGACGUCGCCGUCUUCUCUCUGUCCUUAAUGGGCACCGACUAUUACAAGUUCAUCGAGGAAGCCUCUCGAGUGCUCAAAGUCAAAGGUAAACUCUGGAUAGCCGAAGUCAAAUCUCGAUUCGACGGUAGAAACGGCGCCGCGUCCAUCCCGAGUUUCGUCGCGAGUUUGAAAACCGCCGGAUUCGACGUCGACCCGAAGAAAGUCGACGAAAAGGAUAAGAUGUUUUUCGUCCUGGAAGCGGUCAAGGCUAAAAAUCACGCAUCAUCAUCGAGUGGUGGUGGUGAAAAGAAGAACAACAAGAGUGGUAAGGUGGAGUGGCCGAAAUUGAAAGCGUGCGAGUACAAGAAGAGAUGA